AUGAACAAAAAUAUUAUAUUUGCAUUGUUUUUAAUUGUUUUAGGCUUAACUGUAGUAUUCACUAUCAAAAAAGAAUAAAACUUGAAUAAGCCAUCAAAGCUAUUUUUUGAAGGCAUGUAUGAAGGAUUCAACUUUACUCCUAAUUUUGAAACAAUAAAUAAAGUUAAUCGUUUUAAUGUAAAUUUAACAAAGCUUGAUGAAAGCUUUGCAACUCUUGGAAAAAGUUUAAUUUAUCCUGAAAAACAAAGACUUGCAAUUGAAUAAAUCUAUAACUUUUUCUUAGAAGUAUAAAAAUCAGUUGAUCCAUAGGAUGCAGAGGGGCAGUAUAUCAUUAACUAGCAUCUUAUUAUCUUUUAAAACUUAGAAAUAUUUUAGGCUAAAGCAUUAAGAUCUUUCACUGAAAAUUAAAUAAGUCCAGUGUUAUUCUAUUGGGAUGCCUAAGAUUUAUUUCCUUAUGGAUUAUAUAAAGAAUAUGGCAUUAACUUGAUUUACACACUAAAGCUUAUGAUAUUCGAUGAUUGA